AUGGCGAUGCGGAGAAGAGCUUCUUCUGCCAUAAUUCUUUCCAUUGCUCAGUCUCAGGAAGCAGCGGCUUCAGUAGGUACUACUGCUACUGCUAGGUGUACUACUAUUGCUUCAUUUCUCUCUGCAUUCCCAAACCCUAAACCCCAAUUAGCUUUUUAUUCUGCUAGUAGUGGCAAAGUUAAGAGUUAUUCUGGAAAAUCUCUGAAGUUUCAACCUGGAUUGAGGAAUGAUAUUAAUAAUGUCGACAGUCUUCAUGAUGCUCUGAGCUUGUACCGGCAGAUGGUCCGGAUGAGGCCUCUGCCUUGUGUUAUUCAGUUCAAUCAAUUGUUGGACCGUAUUGUUAAGAUGAAGAAUCAUUAUGUAUCUGCUAUUUCCCUUUUUAGAGAUAUGUGUGUCAAGGGCAUUCCUGUUCGUGAGGCCACCCUCAAUGUUGUGAUUAACUGUUACUGCCUCUUGGGUCGAGUGGAUUUGGGGUUUCCUGUGUUGGCUGCUUUCUUGAAGCGUGGUCUUGUCCCUAAUGUAGUCACCUUUAAUACUCUACUCAAAGGACUCUUUCGAGAACAUAGGUUCCCCCAGGGACAAGAAUUGUUUAAGAAGAUAAUAUGCGAAAAACUUUGCGAGCCUGAUGAAGUUAUGUUUCUGAUUGUGAUAGAUGGGCUCUGUAAGGUGGGGAACAUUCAAAUGGCUAUUGAAUUCCUAAGAGUCAUGGAAAAAAGAAGAAGAUGUAAGCCCAACGUUAAUGUGUACAGUACAAUCAUUGACAGCUUGUGCAAGGAUAAAAUGGUUGAUGAAGCUCUUGCCCUCUUGCAGGAGAUGAUUGAAAAGGGCAUUCCCCCAAAUGUUGUCACUUACAGUUGUUUGAUUCAAGGUCUGUGCAACUUAAGCAGAUGGGAGGAUGUUCGCAAGAUCUUUUCUGAGAUGAAGGUUUAUAAAAUUAUUCCAAAUGUUAUUACUUUCACUAUAGUGGUGGAUGCACUGUGUAAGGAAGUGCAUAUAGAAGAUGCUGAAGAUGUAGUCCAGAUCUUGAUCCAGCAAGGUCAAAAUCCCAAUCUGGUCACAUACUGUUCCUUAAUGGAUGGGUACUGUUUACAGAGGCGAAUAGAUGACGCAAGGAGAGUUUUCAAUACCAUGGUUGCUAGCGGCCUUACACCUGAUCUCCAUAGCUAUGGUAUUCUGAUAAAUGCCUAUUUCAAGAGCAAGAAAGCGGAAGCAGCCAUGAAUCUCUUUCGAGAGAUUCAGCAUAAAGGUUUAACACCUAAUAUUGUUGUUUAUACCACUGUCUUGCAGGGGUUAUUUUGUUCAGGAAGGUAUCUUAGUGCACGAGAAUUUUCAACGAGAUGCAAGCUUCUGGCAUGA